GUGGUGGAAGAGCAGCGGCCCGUGACGCCGCCCAAGUACCAGGUGCGCGAGCCGCCCUACCUGCACUCGCGCUUCAUGGAGCAGAUGGCGGAGCGCGAGCGGCAACGGGAGGAGGACCUGCGCCGCCGGGAGCAGGAGGAGGAGGACAGCCGAGUGGCGGAGCUGGAGAAGCCGCCCCCCGACGAGCUCUGGGGCUACCGGCUGCACGCGUGGGCGCUGGUGCGCCCGGGCCCGGGCAGGGACGACGUAGAGGAACCCUUCUUCCUGGAGCCGGCCACGGGCUUCCGGCACGACAUCGCGUACCCGGGCUACCACCGCGUGGAGAGCGUCUGGAACCACGUCAACUACUGGGUCAACGUACAGCAGCGCGCCGCGGCGGCUGACACCUGCGAGGGCACCGACUUCGACCUCGUCGACCUCGGCAAGUGGGAGCACUUCCUCGCCGGCGAGCCGGCCGAGUGGCGCCGCGGCCCGGACCCGGACUCGCGCGCCGACCUCCUCGACGAGGAGCCGGCCGAGGACGAGGAGGUGCUCGCCGAGAAGCACCUCGACAUGCCGGCGUCGUGGGUGCCCCGGCUGGACGUCCAGCACGCCGUGUACGAGAAGCGGUACCCGGGCUGCAGCAAGACCAUCUUCUACAAGAAGGCCAAGGUGGAAAAGUUCGCGCCGUACCUCAACAAGGACGGGCUGGUGAAGCGCGUCACCGUGUACUCGGACUACGAGCACGCCCAGCCCCUGUCGCUCACGGAGCACUACGAGAAUCGAGCCGACUGCCUGGAGCGCAUCAAGAAGGUCCUCGUGGACGGGAGCGCCACCGACUACUUCCGGCGAGGGCGGGAGGACGCAUGUAAAGAGCACCAGUACAUCGUGGCCGAGAACUCGCUCGACAGCCCGAGGACGCUGCGGUUCUACGACGUGGCACGCAACGACGGCCUGGAGCAGCUGGAAAUGGACGCCGAACACCUCACGGAGACCUUCCGCGGACGGAACGACCACCUGCAGCACCGACGCGUGCACUUCCUCGGCCCGGACACGGAGGACCUCGCCAGCGGCAAAAGGAGGCCCAUCCUGAAAAUCACUGAAAAGUUCGAGAGAAAUGCCGAGCUGGACGCAGACCGCGACAUAGCCGAGCGGGAGUUUCUGCUCAACGACAACAAGAUUCUCCUCAAGUUCCAUUACGGGAUGGGCAAAUUGACUGCCGCGACGAGGGAGUUCACCAAGCCAGCCAGAGUCGACCGUGGGCGGUGGUUGAACUUCAGUGCCGACCUCGUCACGUCCUACGAGGCUGGGGGCAAGCCCAUGAAGCAGGUGGAGCUCUUGAUGCUGCUGCAAGAGCAGCUGGAGGCGGAGGAGAAGACGAUGUACCACGUUCGUCAGAUCGAGGACGAGCUGUCCAACUUCCUGCGGAUGCGAGUGGUGGAGGUAGCGAUGCCGCGCCUGCAGGUGUCCCUGUUCGACGAGGAGCGCAACGAGAAGGCCAAGAAGGGCCUCAGAGAGAGGGAGCAGCGGCUGCUGGAGGAGGAGGCCCGCGAGGUGGAGGCCGAGGUGGACUUCCUGGCGCCCUACAUGGCGCGCCUGGGCAACCCCGACAGCCUCUCGUCCACGCAGGCGCUGGCCAUGCGCGAUGACUGCCUCAGCGACUUCAAGCGGCAGUACGUGAAUCGGGCGCAGCAGAUGCAGAAUCGAUUCGAAACGGAAAAGGAGCGUCUUCAAGAAUUGAAUCGGUGGUAUGAAGAAAAUCAAGAGAGGCUGGCUCCCGAACAGGAAGACAAUUACUUUGAAGAGACGCGCAAGCUCGACUUUCUACUUCACACCCUCCAGAUACGUCUGGAGCGACAUCGGGACUUGGCACCUCAACGUUAUCUUGCUUUGGAGGCAUGUCUUCGAGCUGAUCCAAGGCUGUCUAUUUUGUACUAAAGGAUUGCGGGUAAGUAAAGUGGAUAGGCACGUUUAUGUACGGUGAUCUCAUUUAAUCACAUUUAAAGACAGUAAUACUGAUUAACAAAAAGGAAAACUUAAGCUCAAGAAGUGGAUUCUGUCAUACAUAUUCACACACACAGCUUAUCUUGGAACUAAAAUUCCUGCAAAACACUUUUCUGUGAGAAUCAUGUUCUGAGAUCAACAUUCAAGCAAUAUUGGAACUUUUCUUUGGUGUAAUGAGUAUCAUAAGUUCAAAGGGGAAAAUUCUUUUUACUUCUAUAAACUGGCUUCAAGAAAUCUUAGUAAUAUUUAUCCCACAUAAUAAAACCCUUCCAUGUCCAA